UGCACUUUCCUGCAGGGGAGCCGGGGUGGGCAGUGGAACUGGGGGCCCAGGGCCGGGGACCUUGGGUCUGGCAGCCAUUCAUGCCGGAAAAGAACAGUUGGGUUGCCGCAGUCGGACCUAGACCGCGCUCAGAGUAGCUCCGCUUCCCUCUUUCCUGGGGAGGCUUCAGUACCUGCUUGCGCGUGCAACCUGCUGCCUCCACCCGGAGCCGCUCCUUUCCUUCCUCCUUUCCCGGAAGAUGCUGAGGAUGACAGCCGUUCGCCUGACUGUUAUGUUUCUUUGGCAGAACAGUUAGAGGCCAGGCUGGCCUGUGAAGGCAUCCCCUACCUUCUCCUCUUUCCCUCGGGAGAAAACUUAGAAACUUUUCAAUGUUACAGGCGGAGGAGCCAGGAACCUGAAAGCCGGUUGCAUCUGAUUCUGAAAGUUCCUCCUUUUCCCUGUCAUUACCUUAUGCUGCCACAAAGUGAACCCGUCAUCGGGGAAGGCAGAGCCUCCCUGGCAUUGCUGGCACCCUGCCUCGAAGAGCCCCCCGUCCUGUAGGCAGAGCCUUGUAGUCCGUCUCGGUUAAUGACUUGGGCCGUCUGACCAGACCCUCUUCUGUGCCUUGUCUGAGGUCCUUGUCCAUACCUGAUCCUGGGCAACUUCUCUCUCUGGGUUGGGUCACCUUAAGCGGGGAAACUGAAGCCAUUACUCUCCAAACCCUGUUUCAUCUUCCCAAGCAUGUCGGAAAGCUGGCAGCAGCCGCCACAGACGCAGCCACAGCAGCCACAGCCUCCGCAGCCUCAGCACCAUGCAGAACCACCACCAGCCCUGGCCGAGCACACACUGCCCCCGGGCACAGCUGAGAACCCGCUGGGCUGUGCCGUCUAUGGCAUCCUCCUGCAGCCCGACCCAGGCUUGCAGCCCCCGCAGCAUGCGCCCCUGCAGGCAGCAGGCGAGCCGGGCCCUAAGUGUGGUGUCUGUGGUCACGACCUGGCACACCUGUCCAGCCUGCACGAGCACCAGUGCCUGGCAGGCCAUGACCGCUCAUUCCAGUGCACGCAGUGUCUCAAGAUCUUCCACCAGGCUACUGACCUGCUGGAGCACCAGUGUGUGCAGGCGGAACAGAAGCCUUUUGUCUGUGGCGUCUGCAAGAUGGGCUUCUCGCUGCUCACCUCGCUGGCGCAGCAUCACAGCGCCCACAGUGGCACCGGCGGCCUCGUGAAAUGUUCCAUCUGCGAGAAGACCUACAAGCCCGCCGAGGCGGCUGAGCCAGCGGCCGCUGCUGCCCCCUCGCUGCCCCAAGCAGCCCCGCCCCCUACCGUCGCUCCUGCUGAACAGGCCGACAAGCCCUACAGCUGCCCCAUCUGCCAGAAGCCCUUCAAGCACCUAUCGGAGCUCUCGCGGCACGAGCGGAUCCACACGGGUGAGAAGCCCUACAAGUGCACGCUGUGUGACAAGAGCUUCAGCCAGUCGUCCCACCUGGUGCACCACAAGCGCACGCACAGCUCGGAGCGGCCCUACAAGUGCGCGGUCUGCGAGAAGACCUUCAAACACCGCUCCCACCUGGUGCGCCACAUGUACGCGCACUCGGGCGAGCACCACCUCUUCCGCUGCAACGUGUGCGAGCUGCACUUCAAGGAGUCGUCGGAGCUGCUGCAGCACCCGUGCACGCCGAGCGGGGAGCGGCCCUUCCGCUGCGGCGAGUGCCAGAAGGCCUUCAAGCGGCCGUCGGACCUGCGGCAGCACGAGCGCACGCACAGCGCCGAGCGGCCCUUCAAGUGCGACCUGUGCCCCAUGGGCUUCAAGCAGCAGUACGCGCUCAUGCGGCACCGGCGCACGCACAAGACCGAGGAGCCCUUCAAGUGCGGCCUGUGCGAGAAGGGCUUCGGGCAGCCCAGCCACCUGCUCUACCACCAGCACGUGCACACCCUCGAGACCCUCUUCAAGUGCCCCGUGUGCCAGAAGGGCUUCGACCAGUCGGCCGAGCUGCUGCGGCACAAGUGCCUGCCGGGCGCGGCCGAGCGGCCCUUCAAGUGCCCGGUGUGCAACAAGGCCUACAAGCGGGCGUCGGCCCUGCAGAAGCACCAGCUGGCCCACUGCUCGGCGGCCGAGAAGCCCCUGCGCUGCACCCUGUGCGAACGCCGCUUCUUCUCGUCCUCCGAGUUCGUGCAGCACCGCUGCGACCCAGCCCGCGAGAAGCCGCUCAAGUGCCCGGACUGCGAGAAGCGCUUCAAGUACGCGUCAGACCUGCAGCGGCACCGGCGGGUGCACACGGGCGAGAAGCCCUACAAGUGCCCCAACUGUGACAAGGCCUUCAAGCAGCGGGAGCACCUCAACAAGCACCAGGGCGUGCACGCCCGGGAGCAGCAGUUCAAGUGCGCGUGGUGUGGCGAGCGCUUCCUGGACGUGGCCCUGCUGCAGGAGCACAGCGCGCAGCACAGCGCGGCCGCUGCUGCUGCCGAGGGCGCCUACCAGGUAGCCGCCUGCCUGCCCUGAGUCCAUGCCACGCCCCGCCGGGCCCCGCCCAGCCUCCUUACACCAAGCCCUCCAUCCAGCUCGCGUUCCGGGGCCCUGGGCUUGAGGACAAAAGGGCGCUGGGCAGGUGGAGGGUGUGGGUGCCUGGCGCUCCAGGUACCGGCCUGGAGGUGGGGGGACCCAGAUUGCUGUGGCUGGCCCUGAUUCCACAAACCUCUUUUCCAUUACAGGAUUCGCUUUCUUGAGAGCUGUCAGCCUCCCUUGUCUCCGGGGGACCGGAGCCAGGCUGGAAGUCAAGUGGCCUCUCUCCACCCCAGGAGGGGGUGGUGCCAGCCCAACCUUCCCAGUCCUUUCAGCCUGAUUAGAAACCAGAUAGGUUAGGAAAGAGGAUGGUCAUGGCAGGGCCUGGGAGAAGGGCCAGACCCCAGAGGUGGGCCGGACCCCAGAGGUGGGCUGGAGGUAGGGCAUCCCCCUUCAAGUUGUUUGAGGGAGAAGGCCAGCUUUGUGAUGUGGUCCUGGGGACCAGGAGGACAGACCAUGAGCCACAAGCCUCUCCGCUCCAGCCAGGGGCGAUGCUUCCUCUCUGUUUGACAGGUGAGACGUACAGGAGGGCUGCACAUCUGUGGGCUGCG